UUGGGAGGUCAGCGGGUUGCAGUCAUGCUGUCCCUGGACGAGCCCCUGGACCUGAAACUCCCCCGGCGGGCCAAUGGGAAGGACAGAGGAGCGCGCUCGCCCGCCCACUCACCGCUGAACCCCAAGCAAGUCCGGCAGCUCCAUAUGGCAGACGAUGGGACAGCAGUAAUAGAGCCCGCCUCACCAGCAUCUCCACACUCAGGUGUGCAGGUGGUCCCUCAUGAUCGAACAGACACACCAACACCCCCUGCUGUAGACCUGAGCAUGUCUCCCUCCUCCCGCCACACACCAAGCUCUCCAGAAUUGACUAAUGGCAACUAUAUCCCCUCAGGGGCGUUUCAGUUCUUUGUGCCAAUUGGUUCAGGGUCAGGACUUCGCCUGCCAUCUUCCAUGUUCAUUGGCCAGACAAGUGACAAGAGAGCCUCUCCUGACCUUUCAGCAGAUGAACAAUUGGCAUGUCGCUGGAAGAGGUGUCAUCUGCUCUUUGACUCCCUACAAGACCUGGUGGACCAUGUCAAUGACUUCCAUGUCAAACCUGAGAAGGACUCUGGGUACUGCUGCCACUGGGAGGGCUGUGCUCGCAAAGGGAGGGGGUUUAAUGCUCGGUACAAAAUGCUUAUUCACAUUCGCACUCACACUAAUGAGAAGCCCCACCGCUGUCCCACCUGCAACAAGAGCUUCUCUCGCCUGGAGAACCUCAAGAUACACAACCGUUCUCACACAGGUGAAAAGCCCUACAUUUGUCCUUACGAGGGCUGCAACAAGCGUUACUCUAACUCCAGCGAUCGCUUCAAACAUACGCGCACGCACUAUGUGGACAAGCCCUACUACUGCAAGAUGGUGGGCUGCUUGAAGCGUUACACAGACCCCAGCUCACUGCGCAAGCACAUCAAAGCGCACGGCCACUUUGUGGCUCAGGAGCACGGCUCCCCGGGCGGGGUGGGUUCACUGCUGAAGGCAAGUCAGAAUGGAGGGCUUUCAAGUGGUGGUGGGAAGGAUUCAGAGCUGCCCUACGUAAGCGGAGCCCACAUUAUCAUCCCUGGAGCAACUGCGGCUCUUCUCGGAGGUCAUGCCCUGCAGGGGCUUGGGAGUGGCCUACCACUGUCCCCCCUCAGUCCUAGGCCUCUGGACCUCAGCGCACUGGGUAACCCUGGUUCCUCUCCGGGAAGUCUGGGAGGAACAUCCAUCUUGUCCUUCAAUGGCUCUCCUUUGGGGCUGGCCAAGUCUCCUUUGCUCUCUCCAGCAUUUCCUUCCUCUGCCCUGGGCCUGCCAAUGGUGCCAGUGAUGGGGGCCACAUCUGAGCGCAGGGCCCAGAGCCACCUGGCAAAGAGAGGCAGAGGGGAGGAAGCAGAGCAUGAGGUGUCUGGGGGGGUCCUAAACCUCUCCAUGGGAGCAUCUCAUGAUCCCCUGUCCUGGGUGGUCAUCCCCCCGGGCACUGUGGUGCUCAAGCCAGCUGUGGUCAACUGA